AUGAACUCAGAUCAAAGGUUUAUAACUCAAAAUUCACAAUUCAUGUCAAGGAGAAGCCAAUAUUUAUUAUAAUUGUAUAUUGAUAUUCAAAUUUAGAUAAAAUGACUAAUUGUAGAGACAUAGAACAACUUUGAACAAUCUUCCUGAUCAAGAAGAACUAAUAAAUUAGCUAAAUGCCAAAUAGGAAAAGAAUAACUAAUUGUAGGAGGAUAUCAGAAAGCUAAAAACUUUGGUGGAGCAAAAAGAAGUAAUCAAUUAGAAUUAAAAUUUAGAGAGAUAUAAAAAAUUAUGAAGCUUUGGUUUAAAAAAUAGAAAAUACAUAAAAUUUCGAUUUAUUCGUCAAAGAAGGAAAAUAACUCAAUAUUACUCGAUCGAUGGCAAUUAAUUUAAAAAGAAAAGCUGGUGAGGAUAAAUAAGAAAUUUAGAAACAAAAAGAAACAAUCAAAGAACUGUAAGAAAAUAUAAAAACAAGAAAUGUAAUGAGAUUGAAAGUACUAGUUAUUUACUAAUAUAUUAUAGAAUUAUAAUGUUUCAUUGUUAUAAGAUAUAUAGAUUCGAAAUGAUAUAAUAAAUGGAUAAAACUUAAAGAUUUAAGAGUUAAAUUAACAAAUUGAUAGCUUAAGAAUAUAUUAGAAUUAUUAUACAAUAUAAUAAGAUUUACCAGGGAUAGAAAUAAGAUUUAAUUAAUUAUAAAAUAACAUUAAUGAAUUGAUAAACAUAAAAAGAUAAACUUAAGCAGAUCUGGAUAUUGUCAAAAUAUAAUAUUAAUUUAUAAAGUAAUAAACCCAAAACAAUCAAUAAAGAACAAGAUAUCGAAGUGGUAGUUUUAAUAUUAGUCAACAGAGUGAAAUAUAAGUUAUAAGAGAUUAAAGAUCGAAAUCGAUUUCAAAAGAUAAUAUUUUAAUUGAAAGAAAUUGGCAAUUAAUUAAAUCCCUAGAAAAUAAAAAUAAUUAACUAAUUUAAAAAAGAUAACAAUAAUGUAAUGAAAUAAUAACAUUAAAAAAUCAAAUUAAUGAUAUUUCUAAGGAGAAAUAAGUACAGGAGAACUUAGUUUAAUAAUUAAAAUAGAAUGCUAAAGAUAAUGCAGAUAGAAUAAAAUAAUUAUAAAAUGAUUUAUAAGUGAUAAAUCUUUAAAAUGCUAAUUUGAAAUAAUUAAUACAAAACCAUGGAUCUGAUUUGACAGAAAAAAAACUACAAAUUGUUUAGUAAAAGGAAAUUAUUGAGAAGUUAAAUUAAGAAUUAUUGAAUAAAGAUAAAAAUAAAGAAAUAGAGUAAUUAAAACUUUAGAUUAAUUAAGAAAUUGAAAAGAAAAAUAAUAAUUAAUAGAUUUAUAAUUAAUAAAUAGAAUAACUUAAUGCCAUUUUAAAUGAAAAAAAAUAAGAUAAUGAUUAACUUAAUAAUAACUUAAGACAUUUAAAUUCAUAAAUAUAGGAACUAAAAUAAUAGAAUGAGGAUUAUAAUAACAAAAAUUUAGAAUAUAAUCAGAUUAUUAACAAUCUUAAAUUAGAAAUAAAUAAUAUUUAAGCUAAUUUAGAUAUAAAAGAUUAAAAUAUAUUAUAAUUAACUUAAAAUAUUGAAUAAUUAAAUUUAGAGAUAUAAUAAUUAAAUAAGGAUAAAGAAUCAUUAAUUUAAGAUAAAGACUAAUUUAAUGAAGAGAUAUAAUCAUUAAAUCAAAAUAUAAAUUAAUUAAAUUAGGAUAAAGAAUUAUUAAAUAAGGAUAAAGAAUUAUUCAAUUAAGAGAUAUAAUAAUUAAAUUAACAUAAAAAAUAAUUAAAUGAAAACAUAUAAUAAUUGAUUUAACAUUAAGAAUAAUUAAAUUAAGAAAUUAUCUAAAAAGAUGAUAACAUAUAAGAUUUGAAAAUCGAAUUACAGAUCUAUGAAUAUAGUAGUAAAAAGAUAUCCAUAAAUGUUGCCAAUUAAAAUUAAAAUAAAAUAUUCUAAGUUUAACUAAAGGAUAGUAUCAAUGACAUUUAUAUGUAGGCAGCUUAAAAAGGAUUUUAGUAUCACAUUAUUUUAUAUUUUAGAAUAUAAUUAAAUAGAAAUACUACUUUAUUAGUGCCAUCUAAAAAUAAGAGAAUUUCAUAAUCUGA